AUGCGUAGAAGUCCAGUGAGCCGCCUGAAUUCCUUUAGCAGUAGGAAUACGCCCAGUUUCAGAGGUUCACCGGUUGUCGCUAGAAAUUCUCCUCCUCCGGUUCAGAGAGAUUGUCGUACGCAUAAAGACAGCCCCAGUCGGAGAAGUAAACAAAGUAUAAGCUCUGAAGAUAUCCUAGGCGAGAAGAAGCCUAACCACAACAGAACCCGCAGUCAUUCGCGUAGUAGGUCGAAAGCUGGGUCAAAGACGUUAGAAGAAUCGGCAGUCAUCACGGUGUCUGUCAAAAACGAAGUGAACGCGGAAAGCAUAUUUCGAGGCACGCUGGAUGCAGGUGCCGAACAUUCGUGGUCGGCGAGUCCCUCUGCGAAUUCGGUGAAGGCUGCGGACGGUGACAACAAGUAUGUUCAAGAGAAAUCGUUGGAGAGUUCAUUUAUUGCCGUGACUCCUCCAAGUUCUGCGGCAUCGUCUAGUGUGUCGACGGUGACUGACAAUGUCAAGACCAUCGCACCAGCGUUGAACAUGCUUCACGCCAGUUCCCUCGAAGAACUGAACAAUUUGUGCAGCCCUUGUUGGAUCGGAACCGUUGUGCUCAAGAAGUCGUCAUACCCGGUGCGCUGUUUUAAGCUGUACGGCGACGAUGAUCUGAUAGAUGCAUAUCUUCGCGAUGAUCAUGGCGAUAGUGUACAUCUUACGAUCAACCAACGUUUGAAGCUGGACCAGCCGAGGCCGGGUGAUGUACAGAAGUGGCUGUCGAGCCCGGAUUACACGUUUAUGCUCGCGGCUCCUAAUGCCAAUGCGAACGUUCUGGCUCCGUCGGACACGAAAGGCGGCGAUGACCAUCAAAUGCACAACAUGAAGUUAUUGGUGAAAUACUUUAUGGAAAAGAACGCAGCCGGCGUCGUCUCCGUGACCCCGAACCAGCGUGUCGUGAAGGUUCAGAAUACCGAACACAUGCCCAAAGCUGCUGCUACUACUACUAGUACAGCUGCUGCCCCUUUUACGGCCGGUAUCGUUUACGCGUUUCCUCGGUGCGCUUUUACUCGCCAGUUGUUGGCAUUGCUCUGUCCGAAGGUGACCGUCAUGGAACAGUGUCACGACGAGUCGCUUCUCGUCGUUUUACAAAAAAACGUACUGUGA